AAAGUACAGUAGGCUACAGUGUGCUCAAAGAAUUUACUAAUUGUUAUCAUUAAUACUGAAAGUCAUAGUUGUAAAAAUCAGCCUAGCGUUGACGGAGGAAAAUAACGUUGGAGAAGUAACAGAGACAUAAUAUAUCAGUGUAGAAUCCUAUUUUCGCAUCAAAUUAAUCCGUUUCUGAAUAUUUUACUUCAAAUAGAUUAAACACUAUAAAACAUCAUCAUGGAGCAGGUUCAAUGCGAAUCAAAUCCAAACGAUCAGCCUCCGCAAUAUAGUCUUCCGCAUACAACAACAACAAUGGGAGGUACAUACGGUUCAAGUCCGUACAGUCCCCCUGCACAAUAUAGCCAUACGACUAUAAUCACGGCACCUGUUUCUCAGCAAAUGGACAGAUCUUUAUGGUCGUCGGGAUUAUGCGCAUGUAUGACGGAAUGCAGUUCAUGCCUGCUGACAGCAUUUUGUACAGUUUGUUUCACGGCAAACUUGGCAACCAGAAUGGGUGAAUCAUGUUUAUAUGGAUACUGUUGUGCCCCUCAUUUUGCCAGUACUGCGCGUCCGUACUUCCGAGGAAAAGAAAACAUCAUGGGUUCUCUGGCGGGUGAUUGCUGCAUAGGAUGUUGGUGCGGAUGCUGCAACAUUUGUCAAAUAUCUCGAGAACUCGAUCGUCGUGGCUAUCCAAAAGGUUGCAUGUGUUGAUGGAAAGAUACAUAUUAUUCCUACAUGAAGAAUGAUCAUUUUAAAUACUAAUCAAUACGUUGAAUUUUCGCUGCAUAUUAGAAAGCAAAAAAAACUACUAAAAGACAGUGAUAGAAUAUUGAAAUAAAAGUGUAGAUUAAUUCAUGAGAUAUAUUAUUUCACAUUUUAACGACUUUUAAAUCUGUUUGAAAUAUAUUUGUUGUGCUCCAUAUAAUCUGUGUUUGGUAAUAAAUUCAGUGUAUAGUCGGUUGUUUAGAAUCAAGAUACUGAUUUAUGUAAUAAUAAGCGACAAGUUACUCGGGUUGCAAUAGAUAGUGUACAACAACAAGUUUACAACAAGAACAGCAUAAAAAGCUACAUCCAUUUCAUAGAAGCCAUCUAACGUAUUUAUUUUUAAGCAAUGAAGUCAAAAAUUAACAUCGUGAGCACGAAAACACAAAUAAAUCAGUUAUUUCUCACUUAGAAAUUUACCGGAAAAGUCAAGAAAAUUAAAUGAAUGUACAAUAUGUACAUAACAUAAUGAACAGAGAUAUUAUAGUCCAGCGGAUAAGACCUCAAAAAUGAUGGAAUUGUGCACUUUUGGAAGCAAGCAUGAAACUUGGCACACAUGUACAGUAGCAUAUUCUGAUUAAUUUCGGAUAUGGUGCCAUCCAUGAAAAUACCUCGUUGCCCUGGAAACGAGACAUCAUCCGUAUUGCUAUUAAAGGGAAAUAAACAUUACUUUAGGAAAGGAUAUUUUCAAGAUAAGUAAACCGAUGUGUAUAUAAGAAGUGAAGAAUAUGAUCAGAAGUGCAUUUUGACAAUUUCCCUCGAUAACAGAAUACCUGUUACCAUGGAAACGAGGUAUCGUUAUCGACAGAACACAACUAUAAGUCGCACAACCUGUAUUUUCUGUUAUUGUCAUGGAUCACAAAUUAAGCUACAUUCACUUUCAAAAUGUAAUUCCGUUUGUGCUCAAUCAACUGCCAUCGCCAAUGGUAUACUUUCAAACUCAUAGCCAUGUAAAGCUGGUGAAAAUAUAAAAUAUAUAUCUCAUAACUGACGGAUUAUUGUUAUCUUGGAGCUAUCAUAUCGUCAUCAUAUAUUUUAAUAAAGAUAAAUUCAUUCUCUUAACUCUGGCAUUAGUAUCUCAGUCAGAUAAAAACGGAAAACUUGCAUUACAUUUCAGCUCAAACUCGGCUGGAAUCGUUGAUUAUUCUAAUCUAUAUCUAAUGUUGUCAAAGGUAUGUACAAUGUAUGAGGACAAGCGAAGUGCCUGCACAAUGCAUUCAAAUGAUUAAAAAAUUCAUCGUUGUGCUCUACGAUCGGAAAAGUAUGUUGUCAAAGGUAUGUACAGUUGAACUUAGCAAUUACCGAGAUGUCAGAUAAAUGUUGAAAUACGGUUGAAUCCUAAUUGAUAACUAGAAUCGGCAACAUUUCGACGUCUAUCUAUCGACAUGUGCCAGCUAGGUAAGCCAAAAAAUAAUUUAGACUCUUUGGAUAUUGAACAAACUUCAGAAGCAGAAGCUUUCCUCCCGGAUAAUUAUUUUAUUUCCCUUUAGGUUAAUGAGCUACGACAUCGUCUGUUUACAAAGAAAGAAAUAAUUGGGGGAUGCUACUGUACAUGUAUGCCAAGUUUCAUGCUCGCAUCCAAAAGUGCAGGAGUAUAUAUCUAAAUAGUAAAAUUGCCCCCACUAGUUUUUGGGGAGUCUUUGUGGAAUAUAUUUUCGGACAAUAUAAGUAUUUCAAUCGUUCUUCUAUUUAUUUCGUUUUGUAGCACUUACAUAAGGCGACGUUGGAUAUAAAUUAGAAUAAUCAACGAUUCCAUCCGAGUUUGAGCUGAAACGUAAUGCAAGUUUUCCGUUUUUAUCUGACUGAGAUACUAAUGCCAGAGUUAAGAGAAUGAAUUUAUCUUUAUUAAAAUAUAUGAUGACGAUAUGAUAGCUCCAAGAUAACAAUAAUCUGUCAGCUAUGAGAUAUAUAUUUUAUAUUUUCACCAGCUUUACGUGGCUAUGAAUUUAAAAUUAUACCAUUGGCGAUGUCAGUUGAUUGAGCACAAAAGGAAUUACAUUUUGAAAGUGAAUGUAGCUUAAUUAAUUUGUGAUUCAUGACAAUAACAGAAAAUACAGGUUGUGCGACAAAUAAUAGCGUUUGGUCAAUAAUGAUACCUCGUUUCCAUGGUAGCCAGGUAUUCUGUUAUCAAGGAAAAUUGUCAAAAUGCACUUCUGAUCAUAUUUUUCACUUCUUAUAUACACAUCGGUUCACUUGUCUUGAAAAUAUCCUUUUAUAAAGUAAUGUUCAUUCCACUUAAAUACCAAUGUGGAUGAUGCCUCGUUUCCAUGGCAACGAGGUAUUUUCUCGGAUGGCACCAUAUCCAAAAUUGAUCAGGGGAUGCUACUUUACAUGUGUGCCAAGUUUCAUGCUUGCUUCCAAAAGUGCAUGAUUUUCCAUUUUAUUCGCUGGACUAUUACAAUUAGUAUUUUUUUAGUUUAUGUGGUUAUGUAUUUGAACAAAGGCAAUAUUAUUUCUAGAAACAGGACUACGACACUAACAAAUGUCCGAAAAAAAAACAAAUAAAUGAUAC